UCGUUUCACUACCUGUCAAUUUCAGCCUUUGCAAAAUAUGUCUGGAAGCAUGUUCUCAGUGUUUUCUCUGCUGUAUCUGCUGUCUGUCUGCUCAGCCUGUUACAUCUCCAACUGCCCCAUCGGUGGUAAACGCGCCAUACAGGAUUCACCUUCUCGACAGUGUAUGUCAUGCGGUCCGGGGGAUCGCGGCCGGUGUUUUGGUCCCAGUAUCUGCUGUGGUGAGGGUCUCGGCUGUCUGCUGGGCUCUCCGGAGACUCAGCGCUGUCUGGAGGAGGACUUUCUGCCCUCCCCGUGUGAGGCCGGUGGGAAAGUGUGCGGAUAUGAGGGCCGCUGUGCUUCUCCAGGUGUCUGCUGUGACUCAGAGGGCUGCAGCGUUGAUCAGUCGUGUGUUGAUGGUGACGGGGACGCUACAGCUGUCAGUCAACCUGCCAGCAGCCAAGAUUUACUGCUGAAUCUACUGCAUCUGUCAAACCCCGCCCACCCAUACAGACUCCACCAAUGACAUCAGAGUGACAUCCGCUCAGGAGACCACCAGCCAAUCAGAAUUAUUCUUGAAGACCUUUUGUAAAUAAACUUUGUAUAGCCGAUAGACAUGUACAUGGCUCAUACAGAUAUUAGUAGAACUGUAUUGAUAGUGUUUACUGUGCAGCUAUUAAAGUCAGAG